AUGGAACUUGUCGAGAAUUACUCGAAGAGACGCCUCACAUAUGAAGCGGACAAAUUGCCUGCGUUAUCUGGCGUGGCCCGCGAAAUGCAGACGAUGAUGCAAGACGAGUACCUUGCCGGGCUCUGGCGCAAAGAUAUCGUGGAAGGGCUUUGCUGGUCAUCUUCACCCGAAACCCCAGCAUCUCCGUCUCGCUAUCGCGCGCCGUCUUGGUCUUGGGCGAGCCUAGACACUGAAAUAGAGUAUUAUUUUGGCGGCGACGUUGACGGAAGUUAUCUGGUCGACUUCAAAGACGCUGCCGUGGCCUUGGCCGAUACCAAUCCUUUUGGAGAGGUACGCGACGGAUGGCUCCUCCUGUCUGGACAUCUCAAAGCCGUGAGGCUCGUAGAGGGCGACCCGAAAUGCGAAGGGUCACCACCCCUACUGGAAGUUUCAGAUGGCAGCAUCGAGAAACUCUGCGACGUCACUUACGCCGAAUUAGUCGUCGAUAUAUCCUCAUUGGAUGGUGAAAAAGUCCAGGCUCACUGCUUGCCCAUUUUACACACAAUGCUAUGCCAUGGUGUAAUAUGCCUGCUUCUGGCGCCGGAGGGUACUGUCGCUCUACCCCAAAGCAGCAAGCUGUUGCCUAGUCCGGAGCCAAAUCACACGGUCGAGUACCAGAGGAUCGGUCUGGCAAGAUUUCGUGGCGUGCACGACAAAGACAAGUUCUUAUCCUGGCUCUCAGCGAGUCCGAAGCAGAGCAUCUCCAUUAGAUGA